UAAGGAGGGAGGGGGGGAACCACAAACCCUCCCUGUAUUUUCUGAAGUCUGUGACAAAGCAAGAUUUGUGAGGAGGCUGCUCCUGCUCUUGCCAAACAAUGGUGCUGCUUUCCGAGAACUGCAAGGGAGACUGAGGGUCAAGUCCCAAAAAAAAAAAAAAAAAAAGUGAAAUACAGUAUUGUGCAUCUUGAAAUCUGAAACCAAGAAACAGAAGUGCAAGCGAAACAAGGGGAAAAGUCUUGCAAUUCCCGAGGACAACUGUUGCAAGUGGAGUUUUAAGGAAUACAAUAUACAUAUAUACAUUUAAAGGUCACUGAAUGGCUUUUGUGGAGAAACCUGUGAAAUAAAGGAGCCUUGGAAGAAGAGAUUUCUUUUUCUCCUCCUCACUGGAUAUAAUGGCCAUUGCAAAGCAAAACAUCUUGAGAUUUGGCUUCAAAUGUGUCUUCCUAGCAAUUUUUACACUCGCCUGCGAUGGACACGGUGGAAAGAGAGAGAAUGGUGGUCCUGCCUGCUACGGAGGAUUUGAUUUGUAUUUCAUUCUGGACAAAUCAGGAAGUGUCCUGCACCACUGGAAUGAGAUCUAUCAUUUUGUGGAACACUUGGCCCGCAAGUUCAUAAGCCCUCAGUUGAGGAUGUCCUUCAUUGUCUUUUCAACUAGAGGGACAAUUCUAAUGAGGUUAACAGAAGACAGGGAGCAGAUCCGCCAGGGCCUGGAGGAGCUGCAGAAGGUGCUGCCAGGAGGUGACACGUACAUGCAUGAAGGAUUUGAGAGGGCAAGUGAACAGAUUUACUACGAAAAUGUUCACGGUUACAGAACUGCCAGUGUCAUCAUUGCAUUGACAGAUGGAGAACUCCACGAAGAUCUGUUUUUCUACUCGGAGAGGGAGGCCAAUCGCUCGCGGGACCUGGGAGCCACCGUGUAUUGUGUGGGUGUGAAAGACUUCAACGAGACCCAGCUGGCUCGGAUUGCUGACAGCAAAGAUCAYGUAUUCCCAGUGAACGAUGGGUUUGAAGCCCUGCAGGGGAUCAUAGACUCUAUUUUGAAGAAAUCCUGUAUAGAAAUCCUGGCAGCAGAGCCUUCCAGUAUCUGUGCAGGCGAGUCCUUCCAGGUUGUGGUGAGAGGAAAUGGCUUUCGCCAUGCCCGCAAUGUUGACCGAGUGCUCUGCAGCUUCAGGAUCAACGACACAGUCACCCUCAAUGAGAAGCCUUUCGUGGUGGAGGACACCUACCUGCUGUGCCCGGCRCCUGUGCUGAGAGAAGUUGGCAUGGAAGCAACUCUUCAAGUCAGUAUGAACGAUGGGCUGAGCUUCAUCUCCAGCUCCGUCAUCAUCUCCAGCACGCACUGUUCCGACGGGACCAUCCUGGCCAUUGCCUUGCUGAUCCUCUUCCUCCUGCUGGCCCUGGCUCUCCUCUGGUGGUUCUGGCCCCUCUGCUGCACUGUGAUCAUCAAAGAGCCUCCUCCACCCCCUGCAGAAGACAGCGAGGAGGAAGAUGAUGAUGGUCUGCCAAAGAAGAAAUGGCCAACAGUGGAUCAGAGCACUGGGACAUGGCCUGACCCCUCUGAUCCCUCCUUCCAGGUUCGCUGGGGAGAAAAGGGCUCCACGGAAGAAGGUGCUAAGUUAGARAAGGCCAAGAACGCCAGGGUGAAGAUGCCAGAGCAAGAGUACGAGUUUCCUGAGCCCAGGAACCUCGGCAGCAGCAUGCGCAGACCCUCGUCCCCUCGCAAGUGGUACUCGCCCAUCAAGGGGAAGCUGGAUGCUCUCUGGGUGCUGCUGCGGAAAGGAUAUGACCGCGUGUCCGUGAUGCGUCCCCAGCCAGGAGACAAGGUACCAAUGCCUCCAGACAUUUCCUCACAGCAGGGAAAAGCAGCACCCCCUGACUGCCUUUACAGAUGGGACUGA